GCUUCUUGCAGUCGACACGUUUGCUCAGAAAUCGGUCUAACGAAACAAUCACGGCGGGGGACAUGACGUCUGACAUCAGUCAGGAGGACUUGGACUUUGCGGAUCUGUUUCUUUAUAAUCCGCCAGAGGAUGCCUUCUCUGAUGGUUUCAUCCAAGAAAAUGGCGAUCGCCCCCCACUACUGGGGGUCAACGCAACGUUCGUCGAGGAUAGUCCUGCUAAAGAAAGCUCAUCGUCUGAGAUGCUGUUUGACUCCAUGGCUUUGGCCACAACAACUGGGAUCAUCCCAGCUCCCAGCCCCAGGAUUGAGAUCACUCCAUCAGGGGAUUCCCUCAGCUCUCAGGCCCUGGAGCAGAGCCUUGGCUCCAAAGUCCUCGGGGCCUACCGAGAAACUGCAAGCCCUGCCAGUAGCAACUCCUCCACCGGUUGGGUAGCAGAAGGAUUCUCUCCAUCAGCCUCGCCAAGCACACGUUCCACAGAGUUGUCCACCCUAGACCUCUGUCCUUACAUCCAGGGUAUCCACACUUCUUCUACCCACUCCUUACCAGGAGCCUCUGGAGGUAACAGCUUUACCGAUGAGCCCUUCCUCCUGCCUCAGCACCAAGGCAUGCGCUCACCACAGGUCCAGCGCCGCUCCCGCUCUGUCUCACCACAGGGCAAGCGCACCCAUGACCAGAUAUUCACCUGUCAGGGUGCCACUCCAGUCAAACAACGCUCCCGAAGUCCCAGUCCUAUCCCCUUGCCUUACGAACUGCCGGGUUCAUACCACACCCCUCAAAGGCAGGUUCAAGGCGUGUUUCAGACCCAAAUGCAGAUCUCUAGAAAAGGCCUGGAAGAAAUGGUGAAUAGUGCCCAUGGGCCGAACCUCAGGUUAGAUUGCGUGUGUGAGAGGGAAGGAGCGGUGGCCACGUCUGGAAACUUCUGUGUCGUCCCAACUUCAUGGUCUUCUCAACCAUUUCGAGGCCUUUCCUUAGUCCCGCUCCCCUCUCUAGAGUGGGCAUUGCCCAGUAAGUCCAGUCAGUACGAGCUGGUGAUCCAGCACCAGCCGAGAUCUCACCACAGAGCCCACUACGAGACCGAGGGCAGCCGCGGACCGGUCAAGACACUCAGUGGCGGACACCCAGAAGUUCAGCUCCACGGUUAUCAAGGGACAACUCCGCUGGGGCUGCUUGUCUUCAUCGGGACAGCCGACGAGAGGCUGCUGAAACCCCACGCCUUCUACCAGGUCCACCGCAUCACUGGCAAGACCGUGACCACACCCAGCACGGAAAGGAUGGUCAAUGGGACCAAAAUGUUGGAAAUCCCUCUCCAACCAAGUAACAAUAUGAGAGCGGUGAUUGACUGCGUGGGAAUCUUGAAGCUGAGGAAUGUAGACAUUGAGCUGAGGUACGGCGAGACAAACAUGGGACGCAAGAACACUCGGGUUCGCUUGGUGUUCCGUGUCCAUUUACCGCAGCCCGGAGGCCAGUUGGUGUCUCUUCAGGUGGCCUCACAGCCCAUUGAAUGCUCUCAGCAUUCUGCUCAGGAGAUCCCCGUAGUCAAUAAGCAGAACUUGGACAGAUGCUCGGUACACGGUGGACAAAUCAUGUUCUUGACUGGGCAGAACUUUACCUGCGACUCUAGGGUGAUGUUCUCAGAGAAGACACGAGAUGGCCAGGAAAUCUGGGAAGUGGAGGCAACUGUGAACCGAGAAAAUUCCCAUGCUAAAGUACUGGUGGUUGAGGUUCCUCCGUAUCGAGACGGUACCAUUUGCCACGCAGCCAAAGUCAACUUCUACGUCAUCAAUGGGAGGAAGAAGCGCAGUGAGCCCCAGCACUUCGUCUAUACCCCCAUGAUAAGUGCCGUUAAAGCCGAGCCACUGGAUGAGAGGCGGAUGAAUCCGUGUGCUUGCUCAGACAUCCAACUUCAUUCUGGCAGGUCAGUGAAGUCGCUCUUUCAUUGGCCGGAGCAUCGGAGCAAACUCCAAGCCAUCGGUGUCUCUCCGCCACGCUUCUUAAACAAAGACGAGGAUCAGCGGGAUUUCCAGCCCGUAUUCUACCAAUCAAGAGCUGGUAAUCUAAUCAACACCACAGAGCUUCUCUACCCCCCGACCAAACAACUUUACUAUAACAACUAUGCUGCUGUUCUCCACGGCGGCUUGCUUACAGCGUCAAACCCCGCCAACAUCCAUGCCUUAGUAGUCCCGCUCCAUCAGGGUGUCGCUGUUAAAAAACCUCAAGACAAACUAUGUAAAGGUCCUGAGGUCAAGCACUCAUUCAAGGCAUAUUCAUCGACCAGACAUCAAAGUACCGUGCAAGUAGUGCAGUCCCUGGGAAAGUCGCCACCUUUGGGAUUGGUCCAAAGCGACAUUUGUGAGAAGGCGCCGCUCCAAACGGGCAAGGUCGGACCCGACCGAGAGGCUCUGGCUCCGGAACGACUGGCCAUCAAACAGGAGGACCUGGGCGGUGUCUACCUGGAAGACGUGAACGACAUCAUACGAAGAGACCUGAGAGAUCAUCACAGUGACGCUGAGGGCCCGCAUCGUCCUGCACUCUGAGGAUCUACCUGUACAUCAACAGAUCUAAUUGAUCGCUUAGAUCAGGGGUCCCCGAACUUUUUGACUCCGAGCUGUAGAAAAUUAAUUAGGAGGAAUUAUAAAAAAAAAUAUUAUAUUGAAAAAAGACAACUUUUUUUUUAACUUGGGACUCCCCUGCGGGAUAUUUUUUGGGAGAGAAUAUUGGAAAAAUGUAGUGAAGUGAAGUGAAUUGUAUUUAUAUAGCGCUUUUUCUCUAGUGAUUCAAAGCGCUUUACAUAGUGAAACCCAAUAUCAAUCAAUGUUUAUUUAUAUAGCCCUAAAUCACAAAUGUCUCAAAGGGCUGUACAAACCAUUACGACUACGACAUCCUCGGUAGAACCUUUGGAGGUGGGAGGGGGCAUAUUCCCAGGUGCAUGUCUUUGGAGGUGGGAGGGGGCAUAUUCCCAGGUGCAUGUCUUUGGAGGUGGGAGGGGGCAUAUUCCCAGGUGCAUGUCUUUGGAGGUGGGAUCUUUUUUUUUGUAUUUAUUUAUUUUUAUUUUUUUUACAUUUAAACCAGUGUAAUAAUUUAAUUGAUUUAUUUAGACUCGGGGGGCCACACUGGGUUAGAAAAAAAAAACGUGUUAUUGAUGGGUAAAAGCGUUUUUACACAAUAUGAUUUACCUGAGCAGAUAGGAGACACCGAGAGUAACAAGCGGUAGAAAAUGGAUUAGAAAGGACAGAUUAAAUAAAAAUAAUACAAAUAAAAUAUUAUUAUUAUUGUUUUUUAAUUUGGGACUCCUCGCGGGUCAUUUUUUGGGAGAGAAUAUAGAGAAAAAUUUAAUAAUUUCAUUGAUUUAUAGAUUUUUGAAAAUUCACAAUUUAGAAUCGGGAUUCGGAUGUAAAUCUAUUUUUAUGCACCACUAAUAGACAGCCUAGAGCAGGGGUCUCCAAACUUUUCGACUCAGGGGGCGCAUUGGGUUAAAUAAAUGUGGCCGGGGGCCGGGCUGUGUAUAUAUACGUUAGGUCAGGAAAAAAAAAAAACCCAGGCUAUAUCAUCCCUACAAGCCUGUUUCGCAGGUUUCCCUGCUCGUCAGGGGAUUUUAUUCCACAUCGGAAUCCCGAUUCUAAAUUGUGAAUUUUCAAAAAUCGAUAAAUCGAUCAAAUUAUUACAUUUUUCCUAAUAUUCUCUCCUAAAAAAAAUGUCCCGCGGGGAGUCCCAAGUUAAAAAAAUAAGUUAUUUUUAGAA